AUGGAUUCUCUACGAAAUCAUACAAUGGGCAGCAGCAAUAAUAAUAACAACCUUGAGUCGCCGCAACAACAACAACCAGAUCCAGGACUUGUUCAAGCCAUGGGCUAUGUGAGGGAAUUUAAAAGUCAAGCGGCAGCUUUUCAACUAUUGAAAUCGGAGGAAUCUCUAGUGCUUUUGCAACGCAGCAUUGCAUUGCUGGGAACCACAGUGCAACCACACUAUUAUGCCCCAGGGUCAGACAAUGUGGAAUUGGCCAAAUUUUUUGUGGAUUUGCAUGCUCUAAUGGCUGCUUUGGAUGGUGACGGAGACAAUGAUACUCUGUGGGCAUGCGUGGCUCUGGUGCAACAUUGCAGCCGAAAUUUGGAGGCUCGUUUGGCAAUAGUGGAGAAAUAUUGUUUUGUGCCGCUUCUUAGUCUGUUGCUGAAACGCACAAAACGUCAGGAGCGAGUGCAUCGCCUGUUAGUCUUAUUGCAGGAUCUCACUUAUGGUAUACGGAUUGACUGGGAGGAGCCGUAUUUGGUACAGUUGCUUGAGCAUUUGGUCGAUAUUAUACACAAUGUUGAUGGCGAUGAGGGUAAUCCGACUUCCAUUGCCUCCGAUGCUGGAGAGGUUGAUGCCCAGGCUCUGUUGGCUGUAUCCAUAUUAGUGAAUUUGUGCUAUAAAAAUUUUGUGGUUCUUUUCCUUUUCCUACGUACGGUGAAUGUAUCUAGCUUUUGUAAACGCAUUCAGAAUUUUGGAUUGUUGGCUUACAAGAUGCUCAUCAUUCUGUCGGAGGAUGUGCAUCCCUUUGAAGAGCGCGAGCUGCACACGUUUUUAUUAAUGGCAUUUGCCGGCAUCGAAGACUGUCUCAGGCAAUGGAAUGUAGCCCAAUUGAGGCAUAUUGUGGACUUCCUUUUGGACUCUCGAAGUCAUGCGGGUUUGCAUAGGGCAAUGCUUUGCCAUACACACUACUGUACGAAUGUGGAAAAGCUCCUAGAAGCCAUCGACUCACCUCGCUCCAUGAACGAUUCCCAUGACGAGCUACGCAAACAUCAACAAAUCUGUUUAGAUCUCACCUUUCAGCUUAUACGCUAUAUUCUCGAGCUAUCCUAUGAACCUGGCAAUGAUGUUAUUAGUCUGGAUGCCAUUACCAAACGCCUCUAUGAGGUUCUUAGCAACUGGCUAGAGUUCGAUCUGUGUAGCGUGGCGGCCAUAGAGCUGCUAACCAUAAUGUUGCGCUGCAGCAAACGGACUGUGGCUCGGCUCAUAGCUAGUAAUCCGGGUAGUGUGGUCAAUAUGGUGGCAAAAGCAGAACGGCCAGAAACAAAACCCGCUCAGGUGACAGCAAUUUUGCAAUUGCUUUUAGUUCUUCUCGGCGUGUCAGAGACGGAAAAAUUGGUUCUCUCUAAGAUUUCGGAAUCGUAUUUUGAUAAAAUUCUUGCCGGUCCGUUGGCACUAUUGCCCCAACAAUUAAACAGCCAAUCUCUGAGCCAAUCAGAAGUUGAAAAGUCCAUAUUUUGCCUGCUGCUGCUCAUUAACUUUGCAAGCAUUGCCAAAAAGGCAUAUUUCGAAAAAUGCAGCUCCCUACUCGAGAUGCCACAGAUGCAAUAUGUUUUGGCCAGAGCCAUGGACAGUGGCAAUGAGCAUUUGGUUGCCGCUUUCUUGCAAAUUGCACAAUUCCAACUUUUCCCGAGGACAGCCGUAGCCAAGCAUGUGGCUACUAUUUGUAGUGACCAUAAAAAAAUGAAUGCUUCAAACUGUAACGAACAAGCUGAGCAAUGGCGCAAUCUAAGUUCCAUACUUAAGGGUCAUCGCUCGUUAAUUGACAAAGAGUUGACCGAGCGUGUGAAUGCAUUAAUUGAUAGUAUCGAUAGUUCAUUAAAGUAUAACAAGCUCCAGUCGGCUCCCGUUUCUCAAGUGAUUGAGUUAUAUAAUCAUCGCAUCAAUAGCCUUCACACAGGGAUGCUGGGCCUACAGCAGCGCCUGGAUCAAGCCAGUUCUCAGUUAAAUGGCAGCAUACAAUUGGUUAAUGUACAAAAUGCGGAACUAAAACAAUUUCAGACUAAGAAUUUUGAAUUGAUUGUCAGCCAAGAAAGAUUGCAGUCACAGUGCAAGGAUCUGCAACAGCAGUCAAUCAAAUUAAAAAGUAAUUUGAAAAACGCUCUUAAGCAAAUAUCCGAAAAUGGUGGCCAAUUGAAAACUGGCGAACAACUUUUGGCUGCUGAAAAAUCCAAAGUUACCGUUUUGCAAAAAGAGUGCAGUGAGCUGAAAGGAAACUUAAAUGCCAAGACGGAGGAAUUAACCAAACUGGAAACAUUAAGCAAAGACAAUUUUUCACGCAUAGAUAAGCUUAAAAAAUCGGUUGUUGCCUAUGAGCAGGAUAUCAAGGAAAAGCUGAAAACUAUUGAAGAACGUGAACGAGAAUUGACCAAAACGCAAAAGAUACUCGAAGAACAACGAGACUCACGUAAAAAGUCAGAAGAUCUGGUUUGUGUCCUAGAGACACAAUUGCAGGAUAAAAAGCAACAAAUCGAACAACUUGAGAAUGAACUAAAAGAAACGGAAGAUAUGCGUAAGACCAUCAUGAGUCUGAUGGAGAGCAAAAGGCCUAAACGCAAGGCUUAAUUCUAAUUUGUAAUACUUUAUACUAUAUAUAUAUAUACAUAUGUUGUCGGUCAAUUUAUUCAAGCAUUUAUAAUUUAUAAAUAAAAAUUAAUAAUAUCAAAUA